CGCCUUGUUCACUUUCAAAGUUUACUCCGGGCCGGGACCUGCGGCGGAAGCGAGACAUGGCUGUCUACCUCGGGAUGCUGCGCCUCGGGAGGCUGUGUACCGCGAGCCUGGGGGCGCAGGGACCCCGGACGCUGCUCUCUCGGCCUUGGCAGAAGUCCAAGUUGCACUGUGCCCGUGCUCUCAGCUCUGGAACGGUGAAUUGCACCAAUCCCUUGCCCAUCGGAGGCCUCAGUUACAUUCAGGGCCACACCAACUCCCACCUUGUCAACAUGACUGUGGGUGAGUGCCUGGAUGCCACAGCACAGAAGUUCCCCAACAGAGAGGCUUUGGUUAUCCUCCAUGAAAACAUCAGGCUGAACUUUGCACAGCUCAAGGAGGAGGUGGACAAAGCUGCUUCUGGUCUCCUGAGCAUUGGCCUCCGCAGGGGUGACCGGCUGGGCAUGUGGGGACCCAAUUCCUAUGCAUGGGUGCUUAUUCAGUUGGCCACUGCCCAGGCAGGCAUCAUCCUGGUGUCUGUGAACCCAGCCUACCAGGCCUCAGAACUGGAAUAUGUCCUAAGAAAGGUAGGCUGCAAAGCCAUUGUGUUCCCUAAGCAAUUCAAAACCCAGCAAUAUUACAACAUCCUGAAGCAGAUCUGUCCUGAGCUGGAAAAGGCCCAACCAGGGGCCUUGAAGAGUGAGAGGCUCCCAGAUCUGACCACAGUCAUCUCAGUGGAUACCCCUUUGCCAGGGACCCUGCUGCUCGAUGACGUGGUGGCAGUCGGUAGCAAGGAGCAGAAUCUGGCCCAGCUGCGGUACCACCAGCAAUUCUUGUCCUGUUACGACCCCAUCAAUAUCCAGUUUACCUCGGGGACUACUGGCAGCCCCAAGGGGGCCACUCUUUCCCACCACAACAUUGUAAACAACUCCAACCUGAUAGGCCAGCGGCUAAAGAUGCACACAAAGACUGCAGAAGAGUUGCGGUUGGUCCUGCCCAGCCCCCUGUACCACUGCCUGGGCUCCGUGGGGGGCACCAUGGUGUCUAUGAUGUAUGGUGUCACUCUCCUCCUGUCUUCUCCAAGCUUCAAUGGCAAGAAGGCGCUGGAAGCCAUCAGCAAAGAGAAAGGCACCCUCCUGUAUGGCACCCCCACGAUGUUUGUGGAUGUUCUGAAUCAGCCGGACUUCUCCAGUUAUGACUUCUCAUCUAUACGUGGAGGUGUGAUUGCUGGGUCCCCAGCACCCCCGGAGUUGAUCCGAGCCAUCAUCAACAAGAUGAACAUGAAGGAGCUGGUGGUUGUUUAUGGAACCACAGAGAACAGUCCCGUGACCUUCAUGAACUACCCCGAGGACACCCUGGAGCAGAAGGCUGAAAGUGUGGGCAGAAUUAUGCCUCAUACGGAGGCCCAGAUCGUCAACAUGGCCACAGGGGAGCUGACCAAGCUGAACACGCCGGGGGAGCUGUACAUCCGAGGCUACUGCGUCAUGCAGGGCUACUGGGGGGAGCCACAGAAGACCUUCGAGACGGUCGGACAAGACAAGUGGUAUCGGACAGGAGACAUCGCCACGAUGGAUGAACAGGGCUUCUGCAAGAUCGUAGGCCGCUCCAAGGACAUGAUCAUCCGGGGCGGUGAGAACAUCUACCCUGCAGAGCUGGAGGACUUCUUCCACAAACACCCACAGGUGCAGGAAGUGCAGGUGGUGGGGGUGAAGGACGAGCGGAUGGGAGAGGAAAUCUGUGCUUGCAUCCGGCUGAAGAGUGGGGAGACCACCACAGAGGAGGAGAUCAAAGCUUUCUGCAAAGGGAAGAUCUCCCACUUUAAGAUUCCCAGAUACAUCGUGUUUGUGGACAGCUAUCCACUCACUAUCUCAGGAAAGAUCCAGAAAUUCAGACUCCGAGAGCAGAUGGAACAACAUCUAAAACUGUGAAGCAAAAGAGGGUCCUCGCAGAGCCCCUCAGCCCUCCCACACAAAGGAGGGUCCUCCCAGAGCCCCUCAGCCCUCCCACACAAAAGAGGGUCCUCCCAGAGCCCCUCAGCCCUCCCACACAAAGGAGGGUCCUCCCAGAGCCCCUCAGCCCCCACACACAAAGGAGGGUCCUCCCAGAGCCCCUCAGCCCUCUCACACAAAGGAGGGUCCUCCCAGAGCCCCUCAGCCCUCCCACACAAAGGAGGGUCCUCCCAGAGCCCCUCAGCCCUCUCACACAAAGGAGGGUCCUCCCAGAGCCCCUCAGCCCUCCUACACAAAGGAGGGUCCUCCCACCCCCCUCAGGCUCUCCUGAGCCUU